GAUCAACUCUGUCAAUGACCUCACUGGCGGCAAGGAUCACGCCCCGGCCUUCUCCACCAAUCCUCUGGCACGCCCUGAAGAUUUGGCAGAUGGCAACCGAUGCGCAAGCGACGAGGAGCUUCUGGGUAAGCUGUGCUACAAGAAGUGCUCGCUCCUGACGGAUGGCAAGGCGCCCAUCCGUCUCAGCGCGUUCUCCUGCGGCAAGUCCCGGGGCUUUCAGGACUUCUUCGCCGCCAAGGUGGGAACGCUGGUCCCUUGCGAAGGCUACGAUGUCUCGGGCGACGAGGCCGGCAAUGGCUGCCCACACAAGGUUGGCACGUGUUUGGUCAACGAGGAGUUCUCUCUAGGAAAGUGCUACAAGCGAUGUGAGGACUUGACUGACGGUAGACCCGCCGCAUCUGCACUGUCGCCCCCAUUCUCCUCCCUUUGGGGCCAUGAGGUGAGAGAUGAGCGCGUUCAGGGGCCACGUUUGUAA